UCUCCCAAACCAACCUCGCAUGACUCUCCCCAUUCUGUAGAUGAUGAUAACAUGCCCCCGUCAUCGACAUCCACUCUGCGGAGCCCACUGGAUCUUCGUGACACUCUCGACCAUUCCCUUGAUCAUUCCUUGUCGCCUUCUGCUAGAUCCACACUCACCCGUCCUGAAAUUGCACAUGUGAUGAAUUCACUUAAAAGAGAAACAUUUUCAAGGCGUAGUGAGAAUGGUGGUGUUGGUAACAGUAAUGGUGGUGUUAGUAGUGGAGGCAGUAAUCCUGGAGCAAGCAGUGGAGGAAGUGGAGUCAGCCCUAAUAAUGCAAGUGCAGAACCACGACUGGUGUAUUUGGAGCUUAAUAAAUCCCACAAUUUAGGAAUACAGAUGGUUGGGGGAAAUGCUCUGGGGAUCUUUGUCCAUGCUGUUCCUCCAGACUCCCCGGCAGCUAAAGCUGGGCUCCGUCCCGGUGACCACAUCCUUGAGUACAAUGGAGUGGAUCUCCGACAUGCUACUGCUGAACAAGCUGCCUUUGAGCUUGCAAAACCUGCUGAUAAUGUCAAAAUGCUAGUGCAGUACAAUUACCAAAGAUAUGAAGAAAUUCAGGAUAAACCUGGUGACAGCUUCUAUAUACGUGCAUUGUUUGAUCGAUUGGGUGAUGCAGGGGAUUCUACUGAUCUUCGCUUUCGAAAAGAAGACAUUUUAUAUGUAGAUAACACUAUGUUUAACAAUGUGCCUGGUCAGUGGCGAGCAUGGGUUGUGGAUGAAGACGGACAGAAAAGACAAUGUGGAACAGUUCCAAGCAAAGACAAGGUUGAGGAAGAGAUGAGGCUGCAGCGAAGUGUGGGUGACCUCCAGAUGGACUCCAGCCGAAGAGGGUCAACGUCUGCCCGACGCUCCUUCUUCAAGCGCAAAAAACAUUCCCGGUCGUCAUCCAGAGACUCCAAAGAGUUAGCCAGCUUUUCUGAUGCCUCUCUCAACUCUUACACAGAGUCUACACCGAUGCAUGAAGAGCCUGUGCCACACUCCUACAUCAGAGUGGAAAGGCUAGACUAUCUGGUGCGUCGUCCAGUGGUGAUGGUGGGUCCACUGUGGGAAAUAGUCUGUGACAAACUGGUUCAUGAUUAUCCACACAAUUUUACAAGAUGUGUGCCAGAGGUCAGUUGGCUCUCCUGUGAUGAGAUGGAUACUGCAGUCCAGAAGAACCUGAUCGUAGACUAUCGGCGGAGGGGAUCUCACUUCGAGGCAACAACUGUCAGUCAAGUGAAAGAAAUAUGUGAUAAGAGUUGCCAUGGAAUACUGGACAUCAGCCUUUCAUCCGUGGAACGUUUGCACCGCCACAAUAUAUACCCCAUCGUCUUGCUGCUCAAGUUCCGCCAUCAUAAGCAGAUCCGUGAAGUUUGUGAUUCGCACCUGACUUCUUCGGAAAGGAUCUCGCAAAAAGAAGCCAAAGAGAUGUUUGAACUGGCUAACAAAAUGGAACAAGAAUAUAAGCAUGUUAUAUCAGCUGUGAUCCCUGCCGCUGUCAACAUGCCGUACAUCAGUACUCAAGUGAAGUCGUGUGUGGACCAAGAACAAUCCAAAACUCUUUGGGUGCCUUCAGGGAGCCUCUGACUCUCCCCAGUACAGAGUGAAAGAGCUGUUAUAUUUUGCAAAGAAUAAUAUCCUGGCUGAUUGGUUCGAAGCCACACAUUAUGCCACUGAUGCUGUUGAUUUAUGGCAUGUGACCCUUAGAGGACAUGAGAGAAUAUAUUCGAUUUCUA